GGCGGCGGCGAUAGUCCUAGCACGAACCCCACCACAUUCGGGUCGGGCACAAUCAUGCGUCCCGAGCCGGAGCGCGUCGUUACCGCGACCGCAGUCUCGUCCCCGUGAUAACGCCGACGACAUCGUUCCGACGACGGUGCAGCGCGCCCACACGACGCGAUCACUUUGUUCCGUUUCGUCGUCCGGUCCGGCACGCGCUGUAACACGACAACAACAACAACAAUAUUAAUAAUUAUUAUUAAACCGGAACGACGAUAUUAUGUCGUCGUCGUCACCGUGGACGGCGACAACUACGGCAACGGCCACGGACGACCGUAACGAUUAUUAUCGUCGCCGCCGCCGCGUACGCGCGUAACGACAACCGCCGAUGACGGAGCGACAAUAUUGUAACGAUAUCCGGCGGUAACCGACGACCGACAGGACGCGUCUCCUCGCCGCGGUAGUUUUUCUCGUCUCCGGUGAAAACGUGACAAUUGGCCGCGACCCGAUCGCCCGCGCGCGCGCGACGAGUGACGAGUGACGACGACGGCCGCGGACAACCGGACCCGUCGUCUCGGUGGACAUGGUCUGGCGGAACGUUUGAACCGGUCGGCUGCGGACGAAUAAUAUUGUUUACGAUCACUAAGUGAAGCAGCACGAUGGCGUCAUCGGUGGCCGUAUCGUCAAUAAUAUUUUUUACAUGCUUGGCAUGCUACUACAACAGUCUCUACUGCGACUUCGUCUUCGAUGACAUCAGUGCUAUAAAAGACAACAGAGAUCUAAAACCUCAAACUCCUGUAUGGAACAUAUUUUACAACGAUUUUUGGGGCACGCCGAUGCACAAGGAACAAAGUCACAAGUCGUAUCGUCCUUUGACGGUUUUAACGUUCAGAUGGAAUUACAUGAUCCAUCAGUUGGAACCUAUGGGAUAUCAUCUUGUGAACAUAUUACUUCACGCCAUAACAAGUGUUCUCUACUAUAGAGUCUGUCAUACCAUAAUGGCGUCCGAGUUCACUAGUUUUAUGGCUGCCAUGCUUUUUGCUAUUCACCCCAUACACACAGAGGCCGUGACUGGCGUGGUGGGACGAGCAGAAACACUGUCGUCAGUGUUUUACUUAUCUGCGUAUCUGUUGUAUACAGAAGCAACCAAAAGGAAAAAAUAUUCCGGAUGGAAGCCUCUAACACUUUCUGUGGUUUGCUUGUGCGUAGCUAUGCUGUGCAAAGAACAAGGGAUCACAAUAGCCGGAGUUUGUGCUCUUUAUGAAGUUUUCGUCGCACAAAAGAUCAGGCCGAAGGACUUGAUGAACUCGUUCAGGCUGUCCGUGGCCGUGAACAGCGGCCAGUCGGCCACCGGCGGCGGAGGAGGAGGCGGUUCGCCAAAAAACGGCACCGGAAACGCGACUUCCGGCUCGUUCGGCGGGCUGCAGGCCAUCCCGUCGGACGCGGUCAAGCGGCUGGCGUUCUUGUUCCUGUCAACGUGUGCGCUACUGGCGUUCCGGCUGAAAAUCAUGGGCUCCAAGCUACCGGUGUUUACCAGGUUUGACAAUCCAGCCAGCGUGUCGGAUUGGCCAGCGAGACAGCUGACCUACAACUACCUGGUGAGCGUGAACGCUUGGUUACUGAUAUUCCCGUGCGACCUAUGCUGCGACUGGACCAUGGGUACCAUACCACUGGUCGAAUCCACGUCGGAUCCAAGGAACCUGGCGACUUUGGCCACAUACACCGUGAUCAUCGCGCUCGUGUACACGGCGUUUACCACGUCCAAUCGAACCAAACGCAUCGUUGUCAUCAUGAGUUUGGGAUUGACCGUUCUGCCGUUCCUCCCCGCAUCGAACAUGUUCUUUCCAGUGGGAUUCGUCGUAGCGGAACGCGUCUUGUACAUGCCAUCAAUGGGAUUCUGUAUGCUCGUCGCCUACGGUUUGGGACUCGUAAUCGAUAAAUGCAAGUCGCGGUUGGUGUUGACAGUGGUCGCCGUCAUCAUGGUCACCCACGUGGUGAAAACCUACACGAGGAAUUCGGACUGGUCAUCCGAGUACGCGAUAUUCACUUCCGGGUUGAAGGUGAAUAAGCUGAAUGCCAAACUGUACAACAACGUCGGACACGCCUUGGAAGCUGAGAAUCGAUUCCAAGAAGCUCUUGCGUACUUUAACAAGGCCGUCAGCGUACAGCAUGACGACAUCGGAGCUCACAUAAAUGUCGGCCGUACGUAUAACCAUCUAAAAAUGUACAAGGAAGCCGAAGACGCUUACUUAGAGGCCAAAUCGUUGCUGCCCAAAGCCAAACCUGGCGAGUCGUACCAAGCCCGCAUAGCUCCCAACCAUCUAAACGUCCUGCUGAACUUGGCCAACCUGAUCGCUAAAAACCAGACGCGUCUGGAAGAGGCGGACAUGCUGUACCGGCAGGCCAUCAGCAUGCGGUCCGAUUAUACGCAAGCGUACAUAAACCGCGGCGACGUUUUGCUCAAGCUCAACCGAACGAAAGAGGCGCAAGAAGUGUACGAACGAGCUUUAUUCUACGACACCGACAACCCGGACAUCUAUUACAAUCUGGGCGUCGUGCUUUUGGAACAGGGUAAACAUUCACAGGCGUUGGCUUACUUGGACAAAGCUCUGGAAUUCGAUCCGGACCACGAACAGGCGUUGCUCAACUCGGCCAUACUGCUCCAAGAGUUGGGGCAGGCGAACUUGAGAAAACUCGCCGAGAAGAGACUCCUCAGGCUCCUGUCCAACGGUCAAAAGAACGAACGGGUGUUUUUCAACCUGGGCAUGCUGGCUAUGGACGAAGGAGACGUACCGGCGGCGGAACAUUGGUUCCGUCAGGCGAUCCUCAUCAAAGAGGAUUUCAGAGCCGCUCUGUUCAACCUGGCCCUACUGCUAGCCGACGAUCACAGGCCCCUGCAGGCAGCCCCGUUCCUCAACCAGCUGGUCAGGUUCCAUCCAGACCAUGUCAAGGCUCUGAUAUUGCUGGGCGACAUAUACAUAAACAACAUCAAAGAUCUAGACGCAGCUGAAAACUGUUACCAAAGGAUACUGCAACUGGAUCCGGACAACACUCAAGGGAUGCACAACCUAUGCGUGGUGUACGUGGAGCGUGGUCUGCUGAAGGACGCAGAAAUUUGCUUACAAAAGGCCCAUCUGAUGGCCCCGCAUGAAGACUAUAUCGUCAAGCAUUUAAAAAUUGUGCAAAACCGCUUGCAGGCAAAACAGACUCCUGAUCAGCUCAAUGAGAGUCGCCCGGAUUCUAAGGAAAUCCGAAAAACUGAAAAAGACACAACUCGUCCAGACACCAAUCUGAAGUCGGACACCAAACCGUCUACACUAUCGCUGUCAUGAAUGAUGAAAUAUUAAUUGUUUAAAAAAGUAUAUAUAUUUUUUUUAAGUUACAUACCUAGUCAGAACUCACCGUUUUCAUGUUAGUACUUAAUUGGAUUUUUUUUUACAACCUUAUAAUGUCUCUAAGGCAGUAUUUCUAAUAAGACGACAAGGUGACAUAACUGCACAUUUUAAAAGUCACAGAUUUGACACUGGUAUAGACAGUUGGCCCAUACUUAAACUAGUAAUCUCAUUUGGUGCUACUACUCAAUGACAGUACUUCAUCUAUAAAAUAUGCUUCUAUACAUUUAAACUGAGAGCAAAAGUUACUUAGUAAGAUAUAUUUUUCUCUUGAAUUUUUAUUUUGAAUCGUUUCGAACGAAAACAAUUUGUAAAAAAAAUCGUGCUGUGAUGUAUUUAGUAGGUCAUAGUAUGAUUAUAAUUUAUAAUAUUAUUAUAAAAUUAAGACCAUAAUAAUUAUUAAACUUCUAUAACAUUAUUUUAAUAACAAUAAUGAACAAAUAUUGAUAUUUACAUUUUGUCAUCAUUAUAAUUAUAAUUAAUUGUAUUUUGGUUUUUGGUUGAAAAAUGAUAUUUUUAAAUAUAAUUUCUACUCGAUAUAUGUAUUAACUUAGUUUAAGUACCUACCUACAUACUUAAAAAAACAACAUCUGUUCGUUUAAAAUAACAAUAACUACUUAAUUAUUCAAUAGAUCAUAAAAAUAAGUCUUGUUACACAUUAAUUAAAUUCAGUAUGAAGAGCAGUUGUUUGUUUAAAAAUGUACCUAUGUAUUAGUGUAUUUGUGUAUUUUUAUACUUAUUGUUUUGUCCUUCUUUACCGCAUGAGUAUAAGAGAAUAAAAUUAUGUUAACCAAUAGAAAAGAAACUUAAAUGACAGUUACUUAAUACAUUUAAUUUUAAAAAUUUAAUCUCAAAGAAUCAGUAUUAUAUUUUCAUGUAAUAAUAAGUUAUUAACAAGUAUUUGAUAAAAUUGUCGUAAUUUUUUCAUAUGUUUUUUUGUAUUUGCGGACAAUCAUUGUGAUUUUUUUUAUUAUUAUUAUGAUUUUUGACAAUUUAAAGCACUCUUACUUUGUACCUGGACCCACAAGUUCUUUUUAAACAAAUUAAAUUAAAACAUGUUCCUCUGACCAUGGAAAAUUCCAACUUCUGAAAGUAAUAUUUUGUACGAAACAAAAUUUGUUCUUUUUUUUCAAAUACCUACCUAUAUGUAAAAACAACUGUAUGGUCUAAAAAACGCUAGCUGUUAAUGUAUUUGAUAAUAUUAUAUUUGUAAAAUAAUUAUAGAUGUUUACCAGAGGUAAUAUUGAAGAUAAAUAUUGCUUUUUGAUGUGAUUUUUUUAUUUUAUGUUUUAUAAGAAAAAUAAAAAUUUUUAAAUGUUUUAAACAAUA